AUGCAACAGACCGUAGAUGUCCGGAGCCUACAAAUCGGGGUGCAGCUGCGUGCCUCAGCCCUGUUUGUCAAUCUACGGAUCUGCUUGAGGAAGUGCAACCCACCACGCUCCGAAAUGCGUGUGAAUCUGGAGAAGCUGACUCACCCGCAGGGCCGGAUGAUUUGGUCGGAUGUGGCUGACGACAUGCCAGAUGCUGUGGAGUCGAUCUUCAUGAUGAGUCUCUUGGGUCGCCCAGCUGCUGGAUGGUGCGGCCGGCAAAAGGUCUCCAUUGAAUGGAGUACCCUGCAACCUUGCAUCGAGGUCCGAAGAGCCAUGCGAGUGGCGAGCAAACGUACUGGCAUCAGGAUCGAAUCGCACAGACCGAUCGUGAUGCAAAACAUCGUUUCCAAGGACUGCAUGUUCUUCAUCUGCUGCUUUGUGUUUGCGUUGCUGCCGAUGAUCUGGCUCCGGCUUUGCGAGGACGCCUAUGCGAGGGAGACGGGUUACCCUGGCGCCCUGAUGUCAAUGCAUCCCUUGAAGGUGAUGACUUUCUCCGAGCGCCUGCAGAAUGGACAGCUGCUGACCAACGGCAAGAGCGAGCUCUGA